AUGGGGAAAGGAGGUGAGGAUUUCGGUAAGCGCGAGAAGACGGCGGCCGGUCCGGCGACGACGUCCGAGAGCGAUGUGUUUCCGGCGUGGAGCAAGGAGAUUCACGAGUGCGAGAAGCACUUCGGUGUGAACAGGAAGGUAGGGUUGACGUCGGAUGAGGUGGCGAAGCGGCGGGAGGAGUAUGGAUUGAACGAGCUGGAGAAGCACGAGGGGCAGUCGAUUUGGAGCCUGGUGCUGGAGCAGUUCAAUGAUACUCUGGUGAGGAUCCUCCUCGCCGCGGCGGUGAUCUCGUUUGUGCUGGCGUGGUUGGACGGCGAUGAAGGCGGCGAGAAGGAGAUCACGGCGUUUGUGGAGCCGUUGGUGAUUUUUUUGAUCUUGAUUGUGAACGCGAUUGUGGGAGUUUGGCAGGAGAGUAAUGCCGAAAAGGCGCUGGAGGCGCUUAAGGAGAUUCAGUCGGAGCAGGCCACUGUGAUUCGGAAUGGGAGUAAGAUUCGGAAUUUGCCUGCGAAGGAGCUUGUUCCUGGAGAUAUUGUGGAGCUUAAGGUUGGGGAUAAGGUUCCUGCCGAUAUGCGUGUAGUGGAGUUGAUUAGUUCGACUUUGAGGGUUGAGCAGGGCUCAUUGACUGGGGAGAGUGAGGCUGUGAAUAAGACUAACAAGCCGGUUUCGGAGGAUGCUGAUAUUCAGGGGAAGUGGUCUAUGGUGUUUGCGGGGACGACUAUUGUGAAUGGGAAUUGCAUUUGCUUGGUUGCGCAGACGGGGAUGGCCACCGAGAUUGGGAAGGUGCAUAUGCAAAUUCAUGUGGCGUCGCAGAGUGAGGAAGACACUCCGUUGAAGAAGAAGCUUAAUGAGUUUGGGGAGAUGCUCACUAUGAUAAUUGGAGUGAUUUGUGCAUUGGUGUGGCUCAUCAAUGUCAAGUACUUCCUCACUUGGGAUUAUGUGGAUGGGAUGCCUAGGAACUUCAAGUUUUCAUUUGAGAAGUGCACUUAUUACUUCGAGAUUGCAGUGGCAUUGGCUGUGGCUGCUAUCCCUGAAGGUCUGCCUGCAGUCAUCACUACCUGCUUGGCUCUUGGUACCCGCAAAAUGGCCCAGAAGAAUGCCUUGGUUAGAAAGCUUCCCAGUGUUGAAACUCUGGGUUGUACCACAGUUAUUUGUUCUGACAAAACAGGGACCUUGACUACGAACCAAAUGGCAGUUUCCAGGCUUGUAGCUUUGGGUCCUAGACCUACUAUACUACGGAAGUUUAAGGUGGACGGGACUACAUACAAUCCAGCAGAUGGCAAAAUUCAUGACUGGCCAACUGGACGGAUGGAUACUAAUCUUCAGACCAUCGCAAAGGUAGCUGCUGUCUGUAAUGAUGCUGGUAUUACCCAAUCAGAACAGAAGUAUGUUUCCCAUGGAAUGCCUACCGAGGCAGCUCUUAAGGUUUUAGUUGAGAAGAUGGGGCUUCCUGAAGCAUCUCGAGGUGUGGGAUCAAAUAAAACCGACUUAUUAGGUUGUUGCCAGCAGUGGAAUGAAUCCGAGCGCCGAGUUGCAACACUUGAGUUUGAUCGUGAUAGGAAAUCUAUGGGUGUCAUUGCCACCUCCCGUUCAGGGAAAAAUUCUUUGCUGGUGAAGGGUGCUGUAGAAAAUGUGUUGGAGAGAAGUACUCAGGUUCAGUUGCUUGAUGGAACUGUUGUACCACUAGAUAAUAACUCAAGGAACUACAUCUUACAAGCUCUUAAUGAGAUGUCAUCUGAGGCACUACGUUGUCUGGGCUUUGCAUACAAAGAUGAUUUGGGCGACUUUGAAUCCUAUGAUGGUGAUGAACAUCCAGCUCACAAGCAAUUACUUGAUCCAUCCAAUUAUUCAUCGAUAGAGAGCGAACUUGUUUUUGUGGGAUUGGUUGGACUGAGGGAUCCGCCAAGAGAGGAGGUUUUUGAUGCAAUCGAAGAUUGCCGUGCAGCUGGAAUUCGUGUUAUGGUAAUUACUGGAGAUAACAAGAACACCGCUGAAGCAAUAUGUCGUGAAAUAGGUGUUUUUGGUACUCAUGAAGAGAUCAAGUCAAGAAGCAUAACAGGAAGAGAAUUUAUGAAUCAUGCUGAUCAGAAAGGCUUUCUGAGACAAGGUGGUGGGCUACUUUUUUCACGGGCUGAGCCAAGACACAAACAAGAGAUUGUGAGGUUGCUGAAAGAGGACGGUGAGGUGGUUGCCAUGACUGGUGAUGGAGUGAAUGAUGCUCCUGCUUUGAAACUUGCUGAUAUUGGAAUUGCAAUGGGCAUUGCUGGAACCGAGGUUGCGAAGGAAGCUUCCGACAUGGUUUUGGCUGAUGAUAAUUUCAGCACAAUUGUUGCUGCGGUUGGUGAGGGAAGAUCAAUCUACAACAACAUGAAGGCCUUUAUCAGGUAUAUGAUAUCUUCCAAUAUUGGUGAGGUUGCAUCUAUAUUCCUAACAGCAGCAUUGGGCAUUCCUGAAGGGCUCAUCCCUGUCCAGCUUUUGUGGGUCAAUCUUGUCACUGAUGGGCCACCUGCAACAGCAUUAGGAUUUAAUCCUCCGGACAAGGACAUAAUGAAGAAACCCCCACGCAGAAGUGAUGAUUCACUUAUCAGUGCUUGGAUAUUGUUCCGAUAUUUGGUAAUUGGGUUGUAUGUUGGAGUAGCAACAGUUGGUGUGUUCAUCAUUUGGUAUACUCAUGGUUCCUUCUUGGGUAUUGACCUCAGUGGGGAUGGCCACUCCCUUGUUACUUACUCCCAACUUUCCAACUGGGGACAGUGCUCAACAUGGCAGAACUUUACUGCUUCACCCUUUACAGCAGGAAGCCAGGUUAUCUCCUUUGACAACAACCCAUGUGAUUAUUUCCAUGGCGGCAAAGUUAAGGCUAUGACCCUCUCCCUCUCUGUGUUGGUUGCAAUCGAAAUGUUCAACUCGCUUAAUGCCCUUUCUGAGGAUGGAAGCUUAUUGUCAAUGCCCCCGUGGGUCAACCCGUGGCUCCUUGUGGCUAUGUCUGUUUCAUUUGGCUCUCAUUUCUUGAUCUUGUAUGUGCCUUUCCUGGCUCAAAUAUUCGGCAUUGUGCCCCUGAGCCUAAACGAAUGGCUGUUGGUUUUGGCUGUUUCAUUGCCGGUGAUACUGAUCGAUGAGGUCCUUAAGUUAGUUGGCAGAUGGAUACACAAGUCCGAAACGACCAGAAGGAGAAAACCAUCAAAGCCCAAGGCAGAGUGAGGUGCGGAUUUAUUGUUACACCUUGAAUAUGGGCUUUUUACUCGAACAGAGCUAGUUUUUACCAUGGGUCUCAACUUGACCCUCCCGAUUUAUUGAGGGAUAAACAGUACUUUUUCUUUGCCUGCUGUCCUCACUUAAAUAUCUUAUUUUUUUUAGGUCUUUGUAAAGACUUUGAUAACUCUUCUCAUAAUUAGGAAAUGCAGCAAAAGAAGUAUGCAAGUUAUAUUCUGAUGCCUUAUGUUGAUGCUAUAUUUAUGACCAAAAAGAUAGCACCAAAGGGUUUAGGGUGACAUGUUGAUCGUUAAAUUCCAUCUCUGGUCAAUAGAAACACAUGAAGGGCUAUCGAGGCUGUUGCACCUUAAAAAAGAAAGGAUGAAUUUGAUAGUGACA